GGUAAGAUGCUUAGAAUCGCAGUUCAUCAACAACAGUUCUUCCAAGCAGAGCUUAACCCGGCAAAAGGUGAUAAUUUGCUAAAAAAGAAAAAAAUUCAAAAGAAAAAAAAAAAAAUACAAGUACUGUGAGAUUUCACAAACAAUAUUAACAAUGACAAAGUUAUUGAUAGUCUGUCUUUGCUUGACUGCUCUAAUUUUGAUGCUGACACCAGCGAAUUCUGCACCUGCAGAGAGCUUGUCCGCCGAAGUUGAGGUCGAUGAUCUCUCUACAGCAGACAGCAUCGGCGUUGGUUAUUAUGUUCCGUCUGUUUCCUCGUACUAUAGUCCAUAUUACGGUGGCAGCAGUUACUACAAAUACGGCGGAUACGGCGGAUAUGGCUAUGGGGGAUACAGAGGUUACGGACGUUACUAUCGUCGUCCAAUUUAUCCAGUUUGGGGUUGAAAAGGCGAUAUUAACAAUCAAUUUAAUAAAUAUUAGCAUAGCAUAGUUUAAACUUUAAAGUGUAGUAUUAUUUGCUUAGUUCCUUUGUUUAAUCGUACUAACAACCAAAUACAUUAUAUCAAUCUUAAUAAAAAAA